CCCAUCAAUCUGCUUGCCCACAAUUCAAGAUGGUUGCUCCUGGAAAUGUAUUGGAACCAUCAAUAACGGAAACAACUUUUGUUAAACAAGCUUUAUUGGAAUCCAUACGGCCAGAUGGAAGAUCUCUACUGGAAAGUCGUCCGAUCUCGGUUCGGUUUGGAGGUGAACUUGGUUGGGUGGAAGUGACAUUGGGAUCACCUCAUUCAACAUUUUCAACAUCAACAGCAAAGACCACAAGAGUAGUUGUUUCAACACAUGCCACCCUUGUUGCUCCACGUCCUGAGAGACCUUAUGAAGGUUUCGUGGACGUACGUGCAGAAAUACAACCAAUCGCUGCCAAUCAAUUCGAAAGAGGAAGAGCAAACGAAGAAGAAAUUUUAUUCGAACGUGGACUAGAUCGUGCUAUCCGAAGAGGAGAAGUUGUUGAUCGAGAAGCUCUCUGUGUGGUUGCAGGACAAAAAGUAUGGAAUAUCGCACUUACCGUUCACCUUCUCAGCGCUCAAGGUGCUGCUUUGGAUGCGGCUGUGUUGGCAUGUAUGAUUGCUCUGCGUCAUUUCAGAAGACCUGAUACAUCUGUUAGUUCAGGAUCUCAAGCUUUACAGAAACCAACCAAAGGAAGGAAGCCAAUCUUUGAUCAACAAAACAAGCCAAAAAUCAUCAUUCACGAUACAUCUGAACGGGUUCCCGUUCCACUCGCUCUGCAUCAUCAUCCUUUGAGUGUUUCAUUUGCUAUUUUUGAUCCUGCUCAUAUGACAUCUUCUUUUGUCAGUGGAGUUGGAGCAUCUGCAAAUCCGACUGCAGGAGGAAAUACAACUGCAACAGAUGAUGAUGAUGACUCACAUGUGAUCAUCUUGGCAGACCCCUCACCGAUAGAAACAACAUUAUGCACAUCAAAAUUACUCGUCGUGGCUAAUGUGCAAGGAGAAGUAUGCGUUUUGGACAAAUCAGGCGGGAGACCGCUAAGCGAAUCAGUCGUCAAUCGCGUGAUCGGUUUGGCAAGAGUGCGAGUGAAGGAACUAAAUGAGACAAUGGAGAAGGCACUCAAGAAAGAUUCCGCUCAACGGGUGAUCGAGGUUGUCUAAGUGGUAUUCUCACGCAAUUGUACUUUUAAGCAUGCUGAUAAUGUAUAGUAUUUCGA